UCGCCUUUGUUGCCAGCAUGUAAAGAUGUGAUCCAGCAACGUUUAUUGACGAUUGUGGAAGCAGUUAAAUGGUUGAUUGCUUCAUCAGAUGUUGUCGCACCUGGAUCUAUUCCUUAUACGGAUAUAUUCUGUGAUGUCCACUCUUGACAGGUGACCAUGGGAUUACUGAUGUACGGCAGAACUACUCAGAGAGUCAGCAGUCACUGAUACUGCGUCCACCUUACCUUAUAGUUGGAUAGCAGGUUUAAUUACAAUUAUGGAUCCCCGUGUAGUAAUUACCAAAUUGCAGGAACAUUUUGACCAUUCCGAUGACGGGCGAGCCAGAGCACAGCUCGUACUGAAGAUGUUGAUGGAGAGCUGUCCCAGUCUCAAAGAACUUAUUGGCGAGGCACACGGUAAAGUUGUGCAAGGACGAUUUACACCAACAGAUUGCUGGGUGCUACAGACGCUUCUGAAACGGCACAUCUGGUUCAGUAGGCUGAAUACCAAUUACGGAAAACAGCAAGAAGAAGCUGUGAUACUUAUCUGUUCUCACACUUGUAAUACUCUUUCUCAGAGUUGUUACAUAUUUCAAGCAUUCUAUUUCUUCUAUAAAACAAUGGUUCUGGUAAAUGCUGCUGCUGUCCUUGAUAGUCCGGAGCCUGGUCAAGAAAUAGGCUUGGUUGGUUCAUGUGCCUUCACGACCAACGGUUUAUGGAGGACCCUUUUCAUUGACACAUCUGUGUGGCAAAAGGAAGAAAAGGCGACAAUAGCGUUACUGGUGGACUUGAGAUAUCUGGCCAUUGAACAAUAUGAGAACAAUCCCGGAUUUUGUUACUUCUUGUGCCUGGAUCUGAUACGAGGAUUCAAUGUAAUGGCCAACUCGUUUACAGAGGACCAAAACACAAGAAUCAGGGCUAACUUGCUAGUUCUACUGGCAAGAUGCAGCUUUCAAGCGAAGCAGUACAAACUCUGUACUACACUGUGUCAACAAGCCUCUGAAUUGGAGGAAUGUACAAGUUACAUUCCCUUUAAGAUCUGGGCAAAAGCUCUUUACAAGGAGAGACAAUAUGGCGUAGCACUGAACAGACUUGAGAUUGCAGUGAAAUGUGUGACGGAGAAAGAGGACGGGGAGAUAGACCAGUGGGAAACGGUACUGGAACUCCAGGACUUCAUUGAUACCCUGAAGGAGAAAAUAUCAUCUGCUCAGAAUCAGUCGACUGAACCAGAUCCUGGUUGGAUGAUUGGAACGAACAUAAACAUUCCUCAGAUACAGAUUAAUCAAGCGCAACGUGUGAAGGAUAGCCAUGUCAAAAAGAAGAAACGUUCAAGACCAACACGGAACUCUGUUGAAAAAGUGCAAGUUAGUGAGCUUGACUGGUUGAAAGGUUCUCCGCUAUCCCAAUCUAAUCCUACAACGCAACCCUCCCUGAAGCUGAAUGCUGACAAUAACUCAUUUCUGCAGUACAAACAAUGGGACUCAUCAGGUGGAGAAGAGGAGUCAGAUCUUGAAGAUGCUUUCGAACUUCCAGAGCCUGAAGGUGACGAGGAAGAACCUGAAGUGACUAAGGUGAAACCUGAGAUACAAGGAAGGACUUGGUUUGAUGAAAGCAGAGACAACCAUCACAAUUCUAAAAGUAUUUCCUGUGGAAUGGAGACAAACGUGGACGUUACAAAAUUCGAAGCAAGGACUUACACACAGACCAGAGCUCCUUUCUACAAGCAAAUGAAACCAGUGGAAGAAUUAGAACAACUUAUGGCAAUGAUACCUGAACGGUACAAGCGAUGUAGGCUCGUACUAGAAUCACCUCACAAAGCUGUGUGCAAAGUGUUGACUGCGACUGAAACCUACCAUGACAUAGAGAUUCAUGGGAGGUCUAAGUGUGGACAAACCUUUAACAAUGAUGAGGUGUGUGUAGAGGUACUGUCAGAACCUAAACCAAGUAAUGAUUCUAACAAAGUAAGGGUUCUAAGAAAGAUGCAGGAAGAUGACAAAGUGUAUGGGCAAGUUGUUGGUGUCCUGAAGAGGAAGUUUAGGGAUCGGAAUUGCCCUGUCAUGGCCUGCACUUGUGAUAAUGAUGAAGGUUUCUUGAUGCGUCCCCUUUGCCGUACAGUUCUAAAGAUGCAUGCCCUAAAUGGAGUAACUAAGAAAAAUCACCCUGCAAUGUCAAAGCAUCGAAUUGAUAUGUAUGAAAUCAAUGAGAAUAGACAGGUUUCUUUCAAGACAUAUUUUGAUGUGAAGCCUGGGCUGAAAGAAAAGUAUGUGUUCCUGGUCGUCUAUCUCACCUGGGGCAUCCACCAUGUGUACCCUCUUGGAGCAGUUGUAGACAUCUUGGAGUGUGGCACCGACUUCAAUGGAGGUCUCAAGAUCCUGGAAAUGCAAUAUCAGGUUCCAACCUACUUUCCCCAAGACACAGUUGCUCAUACUGGAGAAGUUCUGAAGAAGAGAGACACUCUCCUUGCUGAUGCCAGAGUGAACUGCACAGAGCUUGAAGUUUUCACAAUAGAUCCUGCACAUUCGAAAGAUUUAGAUGAUGCUUUGAGCAUCUCUGUCGAGGAUGGCCACUAUGUGAUUGGAGUCCACAUUGCUGACGUGGCCUCAGUGGUGAAGAAAGGGGACCCUGUUGACAGAGAGGCACAGAAGAGAGCCACAAGCUUCUAUCCAUGCGAGUCCAGGACUCGCAACAUGUUGCCUGAACCAUUGAGUGAGGGCAUGUGUAGUCUGUUACCAAAUGAAGAAAGACUUGCAUUGUCCGUUUUCUUUCACAUUGAAAAAUCAGGAAAGCUUGUGAAGGAACCAACAGUCAUGAAAACAAAGAUUAAAUCUUCCUGCAAGUUAUCAUAUGAAAAUGCUCAGAAGUUAAUUAAUGAUGAAGAAGUUGAAAACGUCUCACAAACUCUGAAAGAUAAUAUCAAACUGCUUCAUGAAAUUGCCCAGAACUUGAGAAAGGACAGACUUAAAGAUUCUAGGUUUGCUGUUCCAUUUGAAGAUCCAAGAUUUAUUGAGACUGAAAUCAUAGAGCAGAAUAUUGAAGCCCAUGCACUCAUUGAAGAGUUCAUGAUCAAAGCCAAUACAUCCAUUGCUCAGUGGUUGAGAAAGAAGUUCCCAAAUUCCAUCCCCAUCAGAUGUCAGUCUCCACCAUCUACCGAGGAUGUCCAAAAGUUUGUCCAGAGUGAGGAUAAGUUCCUGGACCUUGUUGUGAACCUGCAAGGACAAGAAGUCUUACCUGGCAGGACGGUGGCAUCAGGGAACUGGGUAGCCAAGGGCAACACAGUGAGAAAAGAGCCUUUGCCAGUCCAGAAGAACAUCUGGCUUCAGAUUCUUGAUGGAGUUCAUGAUGAAACCCUGACUAAUGCUGUAAGGAAUAUGUGCAAAGAUGAGGUCCACCCUUUCCAAGCAAUUGCUCUUCAACACUGGCGACAAAUCAUGGAAUCUGCAGAAUACAAAUGUUCAAUGCUCUCUGAAAAAGAGCUGAAUCACUUCUCUCUGAAUACAAAGAUGUAUACACAUUUCACAUCCCCUAUCCGGAGAUAUGUGGACCUCGUUGUACACAGGCUGGUGCAUGCAGCUCUUGAUGGGAAAUCCUGUCCCUAUUCUCCACAAGAAAUAGCUGACAUUUGUGCCCAUGUUAACGAUGCCACAUCCAGACAGAAUCACUUCAGCAAUGGAUGCAAAGCUUUGAAAAAAGCUUCAAAGAUAUCUCAGAAGCCAAUGGAAUGUAAUGCCAUUCUCAACAAUGUUACUGACAGCGGUGCAGAACUUUGCAUUCCAUCAUUAAGGAAUAUAUCUAUCAGAAGUAAAGAGUUGCCCUUUAAUCUGCUGGAUCUGAGCAAGAAACCUGAAGAGAUGAAGGACCCAUGGACUUCAAAGAUCAUUGUAACAGGAGAAUGGAAGAAAAGAUUGUAUGACUGCACUGGAUGUCCCGCACAGGAUUCAGAAGGGCACAAUACACUAAGACCAAAACAGAUACCAUUUAUUGUGGAUCCUCAUCAGCAUGUCUGCUAUGUUGACACACAGACAUGGGCAAAGAUGCUGAAGUUGGUCUUCAGCAAAGAUGACAAGGCAUUGAAAAAGAUGUUGAACAGGCUCUCACCUGAAGGACAGGAUCCUCUAAACAGAACACCUGUCAGAGACAUGGUGACCUCAGAGAAUGGAGAUGGCACUAUAAACUUUCACCACUGCAAGUUCACACUCUGUUUUUCCCCUGGGCGCGUCAUAAGGGUUCAGAUGGUUGCAAAACCCGAUAGAGGUUUGUUGACACCAAAGGUGAGGUUGUUUCAUGUUUGUAAGAAUCUCAAUCUUUGUCUAAGUCACAAAGAAGACCCAGUCGGUGUAUUGAGCAAGUAUGCCACCGAGUCAACAAACAAAACCAUUGAAUCCAUUGUUGAAUAUCAAAGGACAUGGCUGCCCCUUCUUGAGAUGGAUGCUGUAAUGACUGCUGCUACCAAUGAAGAAAAUGUUAUCAUCAACAAUGUCACCAUCGACAUUAAACAGAGUCCAAUGAAAACCUACACUGGAAGUUUCACGCUUCAAGGAACCUUCAUGCGUGAGAGAUGCAUAGAAUUUGGUGGAAAAUCUAUAGACAAACUGAAAGAAGGAGAUGAUUCUCUUGUAGAUACUGGAAUGAGGAAAGUAUCAUCUAUUGACUAUCUGUGUAUAAGAUGCCCGAUUCCUCAAACUACCAAUGCACCUGUUGAAAUGCAGCAUGCUAUAGUCACGGAUGAAAAGGAGACAGAAUCUCCAAGGAAGACAAAAUCAUCUAAAAAACAGAAGAAAGGGAAGAAGGAAACAGAACAUAAUCUUGACAUCUCCAAUUCUGACACAGACUCAUAUACCUGGGUUGGACAUGCCCAGAUACUCAAGGUUAGACGAAGGGGGAAGGAUGCCAAUUCAGAUCGUGUGGACAUCAGAUUCAGUCUGAACUCCAACAGUGGUCCUGUUCCAGAGUGCCUACUUACUAAAGCUUCAGGGACGGUAGAGAUCAUCAUGAAGUCAGAGGUUGACAGGCGUACAAUGGCAAUGCUUCAGCACCUGCACAGCGAAAACAAUGAUUUAGCAGUGGCUAUUGCGCUGAAUAGAUUGUUGCCAGAACUGGAGAACAGCCGGUUAGAAGUUGGCAAUCAGAUUGACAAAGAAAUCCCUCUCAGGGCGCUUCCUCCCAACAAUUAUAUGCAAGAAGAAGCCAUUUCUCAAGCCCUUACUUCAAGUUUCUCUCUUAUACAAGGGCCACCAGGAACUGGAAAAACAUACACGGGCAUAAAGUUGAUAUACCUGUUUGAGAAGAUCAAUAUGAUUAUGCACCAGAAAAAAAAAGACAAGCAGAAGAAACAGGUGCUCUUCUGUGGACCUUCAAACAAGUCUGUGGAUCUGGUUGGACGUUUACUAAUCAAACGCCUUGGGAACAUCUGCCCCAAAAUCAUCCGAGUGUAUGGACAGAAUAUUGUGUCACAAGAUUACCCUGUGCCAAAACGCAACUUUUUGUCAAGGAAAAGUCUCCAUGGCUUAAAGUCAGACCAAAAGCUACGUCAGAUAUCUCUUCAUCACAUGAUCAGACAGCAAGGCAAACCUUAUGCAAAGGAAAUAAACUUUUUUGACUCGUUUUUUCAAAAAAAUCACAAAUAUGUCACCUCUGACAACAUAAAAUAUUACAGCAAGCUGAUUUUCAAAGCGUCUUGUGAAGAGCUUGAGAAAUGCGAUGUCAUCUUAAGCACAUGCGCAGUUGGUGGCAACAUGAAGGUUAUUACCUCUACAAAUGUAUUCCAAGUGAUAAUUGACGAGUCUGCGAUGAGCACCGAGCCACAGACCAUGGUGCCCAUUAUCGCCACAGAGGCCAAGCAGGUAGUUUUGAUGGGAGACCACAAGCAACUGCGUCCAAUUGUGCAGUGCAGAGAAGCUGCUGAUCUUGGCCUUACCCAGUCACUGUUUGAACGAUAUGCUUCUGACGCCUCAUUCCUGGACACCCAGUACCGUAUGCACCCAAAGAUCUGCCAGAUCCCAUCUGACAUCUUCUAUGAAGGGCAAUUGAAGACAGGCAGAUCACAGUGGUGGCGGGUUGAUCAACCCCUGAGACUGUGGCCAGUAUCACGUAUUCCAUAUUUGCUGUGGCAUGUGGAGGGUACAGAACAUGUUUUGAGCGUGUCUGCAGAAGAGGGAAAUGAACGGUCAAGAUCCAACAAGGCCGAAGUUGACAUCGUGGAGGAGGUGUUCAGAUGGCUCAAGGAAAAGGAGAAGAUAGAUCCUAGCACUAUCAAUGUCAUGUCCCAGUACAAUGCCCAGUGUUCUAAAAUCAAGGAGAAACUGACACGUUACUAUUCCUAUGUCAACGUGAACACAGUAGUUGCAAGUCAAGGAGGUGAAUGGGACUAUGUGAUACUCAGCACAGUUAGGUCGCUCCCCCCGUACAAGAUAGAGAGAAGGCCGACUCUCGGAUGGCGCAGACAGAACCUAGGCUUCAUCACUGACGCAAACCAGAUCAACGUGGCGCUCACACGAGCCAGGAAAGGGUUGAUCAUCAUAGGCAACGUGAAUCUGCUGCGGAGUGAUGAUGUCUUCAGACAACUGAUAACGAGAUAUGAGGAACAAGGAUGUGUUGUUGAAGGACAACGGUGCCCACCUGUGAGACGUCAAAGUUCCUUCUUCAGGGAAACCUAAACAGACUGUACAUGCAAACGUGACAUGGAUGGACCUUAACUGACUAUCAUCUGUUCAACUUUGUUGUAUUACAAUUGUAUUUCCAUAUUUUACUGUUUACAUAUCUUACUAUAUUUUCGGUUUUAUUUUGUUUCCUUAUGCUUGAUAAACAUAAAGUUGCCUGUGCAACCUAUUCAAAUGACAAGUUUUUAAAAAAUCAAAGUAGACACAAAUGACGAAAUUGAUUAACAUUGUCUUGGCCCUUUACCUAUAUUAUUCAAUUGACUUUUAACUUUGUAGUCCAUUCUCCGAUCAUGUUGUUUCGUGACUCAUUUUUGCAAAAUAUACGUUAUAGACAGAACUUUAUAUGCAGGCAGUGUUCGGAUUGGAUACUCAAUCAUUUCAGUGAUUACUGUCGAGAUGAAAGGUACAAUAAUGAGAUUUCGAGACAAUAAGUUCAACAUUAAAUGAGAAAUAAAGAUAAGCCUGCACCUUGAAAACAUCUCACUUGUAAAUUCAUUUUAGGUUCAAAAACUAUCUGAACAGCAACAUGUUAGGCCGCGCGGAGGCAGUUAUUCACUUAUUUCUUAAUUUGACUUUUAUUUGAUUAUAUUUACUCAUAUAUGUAACUCGGUUUUAUCAUGAUUUCUUAAUUUCUUGGCAAAGUACUUAUAUUAAGCUUACAUAAUCUACUCCAUUCUAUCUACAUAUUGCAUUGUUAGAGUUUUUCGUAUAUUAAGUGCUGUCUAUUAAUUUCUGACCCGUUAAAAUCCGGCUUAGAAUAGGUCUUCAGCAUUCCAUGCUUGUCCUUAGAGGCGACUAAUGGGAUCGGGUGGUCAGUUUCGCUGACUUGGUUAUUGCAUGUCAUCGUAACCCAAUUGCGUAGAUCGAUGCUCAUGA